AUGGCUGCUUCGACUUCCGUUCCCACCAAGGACCAGGUCCUCGUCCCCGAGACCCUCCUGAAGAAGCGUAAGAGCCAGGAGAAGGCUCGCGCUGAGCGCUCCGCCGAGAUCGAGAAGAAGAAGACGGCCAACAAGGAGAAGCGCCAGGUCAUCUUCAAGCGUGCUGAGAAGUACGUUCAGGAGUACCGCGAGGCGGAGCGUGAAAAGGUCCGCCUUACUCGCGUUGCCAAGCAGAGCGGCGAGUUUUACGUUCCUGCUGAGGCCAAGUUGAUCUUCGUUGUCCGCAUCAAGGGUAUCAACAAGAUCGCCCCUAAGCCCCGCAAGAUCCUCCAGUUGCUCCGUCUCCUGCAGAUCAACAACGGUGUCUUCAUCCGUGUCACCAAGGCUACCACCGAGAUGAUCAAGGUCAUCGAGCCGUGGGUCGCUUACGGUUACCCCAACCUGAAGAGCGUCAAGGAGCUCAUCUACAAGCGCGGAUACGGAAAGAUCAACAAGCAGCGCAUUGCCCUCACCGACAACUCCAUCAUUGAGGAGAACCUCGGCAAGUACGGUAUCGUCUGCAUUGAGGAUCUCAUCCACGAGAUCUACACGGUCGGCCCCAACUUCAAGCAGGCCUCCAACUUCCUGUGGCCCUUCAAGCUCAGCAACCCCACUGGUGGCUUCCACACCAGGAAGUUCAAGCACUUCAUCGAGGGUGGUGACCUGGGUAACCGCGAGGAGAACAUCAACGCUCUGAUCCGCCAGAUGAACUAG